UUUACCUAGUUAAAAGCUACUGGGUUAAUAGGGAGCAUGUAAGUUAAAAAUAGAGGAGAUCUUGUAAUCAGUACAUAUAUUUCAGUCCAGUAGGUUGCAGUAAUACACCAUAACGUUAGUUGCCAGCUACUUUGAAGAAGAAGAGAAGCAACAACAACCGCAUCCGCAUUAGAAAAGGAAUCAGAAGAAAUAGUUUGAAGCAUUUUUGAGAAGGGUUUAGCUAGCUCCAGAGGGUCUGCAGCUGAAGUGUUUUUGGGGAGUUUUCCCAAAUAUAAGCAAGAAGUGGAGAACAGAAUAUUUGCUGUGAAAAACCACAUUUAUAUGGUAAUCAAAUAAUAAGCCAUCAGCAUUGAAAAUGUCACCUUUAGGUUUCAAGGAUUUGGUCCGACGGUUUUACGCACUUCAGGCUGAGCGCGUCGAAGCAUAUAGUCUUUUUGAAGAGGGACAUAAAGCGUAUUUAAGGACAGGCCCGCACUAUGACUUCGAGCAUUACAAACAGCUGGUUCAGGAGAUCACCAAGGCAUUCAGUGGCAUCUCAAAAGAGUUGUUGACGAUUAAAGAGAGCCUUCAUCAAGACUUUGGCCGUCAAGAUCUUGUCCAACACCUCGACAAACUGCAAAUCCAGGAAAAGCAGAAGCUAGAGCUGACAGCUAAAAUGCAGUUGGCCAAGCAGAGUGCGCAAGAUAAUCCAGAAGAUGAAGGCUAUCAGCAUAUGGUCCGGGAGCUCAAACAAGAAAUUAUAAAGAACCAGGAGACUCUAAGUGAAAUUAUGCAGGACUUCAAGUAUGAUGCAGAAGACACAGAAUAAAGGAGUGUACACAGCUUUAUAUGGAUGGAUUUUGCUCUAAUGACUUUACCUGUUUUUGGUAAAGUUUUUGAACAUAUUUAUUUGUCAAAAAUGUAAUGAGUCUUUAGGGAGCAAAGAUGGGCAAAAGAUCACUGGUUUGUCAACAAAUGUGUGAGAAAUCUAUGUAAAAAUAAUGCACCUCACAGAAAGAUAGGAAGGGAUUUGCAUAUGUCUCCCUCUACAGCACAUCAUACUACUAAAAUGGUUUAAUAAUUAUGGAAGAAUUUGAGCAAAUGGAAUCUGGGUCAAAUGUAGUGGUUCUGGUUCAGAUCCUUAAAACAGAUUUCACCUAGCGUGUGUUUGCACAGUGACCCAAUAUCUGCACAUAUUUAACUUUUAUAUCUGAUGCGAAUGUAAACCCAGAACUGGUCCAGAGCCACCUUGACCAUUGUUAAAUCCAACCCAGAUUUGAAUACAGAGUUCACAUUUGGCCCACAUGUAGCACAGACUAAUUUUUUCAUAUUGAUUUAUAGAGACCCUCUUACAGCCUAGACACAGCUCUUUACAUCCAACUCUGAUACAGAACAAAUCUAGAUUUUGAACUGAUUGCUCUUCAUAUAGCAAACAGACUCUAAACCAGGUCCAGACAGAAUGUAGCCCGGCAUACAGUCUGAUCCAAUUCAUGCAAACAUUUUACACACAACUAUAAAUGUCAUAAAGGUAUAAUGAAAUUACACUCAAAGUCAAGUAUGUGUGUUGAGAAUAACAUCAAUAUCACACUUAAACCUUUGGAUGUUUGUGUUAAGUAUAAGUAAUGUUUUAUAUGCAGUAUGAUGUUCAUAUGUGACAUUACACAUUACAGAAUAAAAUAAUACUGACCUGUA